CACGCCUAGCUGAGGGGUCAGUGCUUCCGGGUAGGAGCGCGGUGACCCUCGGCCGCUGCAGGAACCUGCGGCGACUGCAGCCAUGGGGGCGCACCUGGUCCGGCGCUACUUCGGCGAUGCCUCGACGGAACCCGACCCCCUGAAUUUGCCAACCUUCCCUCCCGACUAUGGCUUCCCGGAGCGCAAGGAGCGCGAGAUGGUGGCCACACAGCAGCAGAUGAUGGACGCACAGUUGAGGCUCCAGCUGCGGGACUACUGUGCCCACUACCUCAUCCGGCUGCUCAAGUGCAAGCGCGACAACUUCCCCAACAUCCUGGCCUGCAAGCAUGAGCGGCAUGACUGGGAGUACUGCGAGCACCAAGACUAUGUGAUGCGCAUGAAAGAGUUUGAACGGGAGCGGCGGCUGCUCCUGCGGAAGCAGCGGCGGGAGAAGAAGGCGGAGAAGAAGGCGGCGGCAGAGUUGGCCAAAGGCCAGGGACCCGGAAAAGUGGCCCCUGAGGUGUCCCUGUAGGGGGUGCGUCCCCCACCCUAUGAACCAAAUAAAACCUUUGGGCCCCUCA